GUUCAGCUCUCGUCGAAGUCGCAUUUGCAAUCCCAACUCCUAGCUCCAAGCAAGACACAGGGCCAACAUGAAGGUAUUCGUUUGUCUGCUCGCUGUGUGCAGCAUGGCCCAUGCGGGCUUCCUUGGCGGCGGCAGCGCCCUCAGCUCCGGUGGCGGCUAUAGCGGUGGUCAUGGCGGUGGCUACGGCGGCGGCUAUGGCGGCGGCCAUGGAGGCGGCUAUGGCGGUGGCUACGGCGGCGGCCAUGGAGGCGGCGGCGGUGGUGGUGCCGUGAAAAUCAUCAAGGUCAUCUCUGAUGGUGGUGCUGGCGGCGGCUAUGGCGGCGGCUAUGGCGGCGGCUACGGCGGUGGCUAUGGAGGCGGUCAUGGCGGCGGCUAUGGAGGCGGUCAUGGCGGUGGCUUUGGAGGCGGCUAUGGUGGCGGUGCCAGCACUGUCAAAAUUGUUAAGGUCAUCUCCGACGGCGGUGCAGGCGGCGGCUACGGCGGCGGCUAUGGCGGCGGCUAUGGAGGCGGCUAUGGAGGCGGACAUGGCGGCGGCUAUGGAGGCGGCUAUGGAGGCGGCCAUGGUGGCAGCUCCGGCACUGUGCAAAUCGUCAAGGUCAUCUCCGAUGCAGGCGGCAUCAGCGGCGGCGGCGGUGGCGGUGGCGGUGGCUGGGCACCUCAGGGUGGCUGGGCCUCCAGCGGCUGGUAAACAGCGAUCCACAAUCCGCGUACAUGCGAUACCUUUGUGUCUGGGUCUCUGUGACAUGUGUGCUGUGUUCGUUUGGGAGCUCGUGCAGCGGCCCUUUCACCUCUUUGUUUUUUGCAUUAAUUUUUUGUUGACCACUCGAAUUGUAAAUACUCAUUACAUUAAAACAAAUAAUACAAGCGUGAA